UCUCUUAUUUAAUCUGUUGUUGUUCUCACUUUCUUUAUAACAUAUGGUAAAUAUGCCCGAGUCGAGUAAUUCUGUCGCGUACGCUAUAUUACUGCUGUACUAGCAACUCGUUUAAUUGCUAUUCCAGACGUCGACAUCUGCGGUCGCAAUUUUGAUUUGCUUUGGAUAUUUUAGUCCAUUGUAGUGUGUAGUGCUAGGUGAAGGUAAUAAGUGAAGCGGAAGUCAUUGAAAGCGUUUAAAUUUCGAUUGCAUAUUUAAAGUUUGUAACUUUUUGUUGAGUUUCAAUGCUGCAACGCCAAGCGCAAUUACUUUAGAAUGUCGUGCAGAACGGUUGUGGUGCAAUUCGUAAUAGUAUUAAUAAUCGCUCUAUGUCGUCGAUGCGUCGGUGAAGAUAAAAAACCUCUAGUGUUCACAGUUGCUAGCAACGAAACUGAAGGGUAUAAGCGAUACAUUCGAUCAGCGAAUCACUAUGGAAUCGAGGUAACGACACUUGGUCUAGGAAAGCAAUGGCUUGGUGGCGAUAUGAAGCGGCUUGGUGGUGGUUACAAAAUCAACCUGUUUCGGGAUGCUCUGAAACCAUACAAGAUGGAAGAUGAUCGGAUAGUACUCUUCACGGAUAGCUAUGAUGUGCUAUUUCUAGCAUCAAUAGAGAAGAUUGUGGAAACAUUUAAAACUUUGGAAGCCUCAGUUUUGUUUGGGUCUGAAGGAUACUGCUGGCCAGACGAAGAGUUAAAAAGCAAGUAUCCGAAACUAGAAGGUAGAGGUACUAGAUUUCUUAAUUCAGGAAUGUUUAUCGGGUACGCAUCCAAGGUAUAUCAAAUGCUGAAAACUCCAGUAAAGGAUACGGAUGAUGAUCAGUUAUACUACACGAAAGUUUACCUAAAUAAACAAAUUAGAGAGGACCUGAAUAUAAAAUUAGACCAUACUGCUUUGUUGUUCCAGAACCUAAACGGCGUGGAAGAACAAGUUAUUUUAGCAUUGAACGCAGACAAUAAAGAAGUGUAUUUGAAAAAUACAGAAUACUCAACGGUACCUCUAGUACUUCACGGCAAUGGACCAAGUAAGCUUACUUUGAACGGAUUUGCUAAUUAUCUUGCGGGUGCAUUUAUUGACGGGGAGUGCAAAACAGUUACCGAAAAUUUGCUGCAGUUAGAUGAAGAAAAUCUUCCCACGGUGAUGCUGGCUCUAUUUAUAGAAAAAGCAACACCAUUCAUAGAUGAUUGGUUUGACAAAAUUGCCAAUCUCAAUUAUCCAAUGUCAAAGAUGCAUCUUUUUAUACACAAUAACGUCCUGUACCACAAAGCCUCAAUUGAUCGUUUUAUAGCCAGUUACAAAGAUAAGUAUCAAUCGUUCCGAAUGGUUGACUAUAAUGAAGAUUUUGAAGAACUAUCUGGAAGGUCACUAGCGGCACACCAAUGCCUCAAGAGAAAGUGUGACUACUUAUUCGUCGUUGAUUCUGAUGGACACAUUGACCUGCCGGAUACUCUUCGAAAACUUAUUACCCUCAAUAGAAAUAUUGUCAGUCCUAUGAUCAAUCGUCCAGAAAAAGUUUGGAGCAAUUUCUGGGGGGCCCUGAGUGCUCAAGGAUUCUAUGCACGUUCUACUGAUUACAUCGAUAUCGUAGGACAGAAGGUUAUUGGAAUAUGGAAUGUUCCCUACAUAUCUACUGUUUACCUUGUUAAAGCUGCAGUUCUUCCUGAUGUCAACUACGAGCUUCCUAAUACCGAUCCGGACAUGGCGUUUUGUUGGCAUAUGCGUAGUAAAGGAGUGUUUAUGCAUAUAGUUAACACUAAAAAUUUCGGCCAUUUGAUCGAUGCAGAAUACUAUGACUCAAACCGAACCCAUCCGGAUUUCUACCAAUUAUUCAACAACAAAUAUGACUGGGAACAAAAGUAUAUUUCAAAAGAAUACUACAAACAGCUAAAGGAUGAUUUUGUACCGCACCAACCCUGUCCGGAUGUAUAUUGGUUCGCGGUGGGAUCGGAAACGUUUUGUGAUCACUUAAAGGAUAUCGUUGAAAAUUUUGGGCAGUGGUCUGAUGGUACUAAUAAUGACAAACGAUUACAAGGUGGUUACGAAGCUGUUCCAACCAGAGACAUUCACAUGAAUCAAGUCGGUCUGGAACAAGUUUGGUUGAAAUUUCUACAACUAUACGUAAGGCCGUUGCAAGAGAAAGUGUUUAUUGGUUACUUUCAUGAUCCUCCGCGAUCGCUAAUGAACUUUGUCGUACGCUACAAACCAGACGAACAGCCAUCGCUACGGCCACACCACGAUUCCUCUACAUACACCAUCAAUAUAGCUUUGAACAAUGCUGGAAUUGAUUACGAAGGGGGUGGAUGUAAAUUUUUGAGAUAUAACUGUUCAGUAAAGGAUACACGCAAAGGGUGGAUGCUUAUGCACCCCGGCCGGCUAACACACUUCCACGAGGGACUUACAACUACGAAUGGAACUCGGUAUAUUAUGAUUUCAUUUAUAGAUCCUUAAAGUGUUCGGAUGAACGACCGAAGGAAGCUUACCGUUGCUGACAGUGACAUAUCGAAAUCAUAUCGGAAAAGCAAUAACAUCUCGAAUGCUCAGUUAGUUCUGUCACCAAUGACAUAGUUUUUAAAAUCGAGUCAUUAUUGAUUUGUGAAACGAAUCUCAUAUAUUUAGGAGAUUUAGUGCUUAGUUUAAUAUUCGCUAUUAAUGUGCCAUUUCAGUAAAGAGUUAUUAUAUACACUUAUGCAUACGCUCUUCGUUUGACUGAUUUCCGUAGAAAAAGCAACCCGAUGUUUUUAAUAAAAAUCGCAUGAAUAACAUUUUUAA